AUGUCGCGUACUUCUUUUCAAAUCACUAAACCAGAUCUCAGAGCUAAAAUCGUUUUCGUUGGCAGUAAUGGUGUUGGAAAAACGAGCAUUAUUCUUCGACAUGAUGGUCAAGGAUUCCAUAGUAAAAUCAACCCAACACUAGGAGCUAGCUUUAUUUCAUCGUUUUUAAAUUUGGAUGGUAAAAAUGUCGAGCUGCAAAUAUGGGACACAGCAGGACAGGAACGAUAUUCUUCCAUGCUUCCGAUGUAUCUACGUAAUGCAGUUGCAGCAGUAAUCGUGUAUGACAUCACUGAUCGUGAAUCAUUUCAGGAGGUCAAGAAGUGGGUUAAUGAAGUGGAACGUGGCUCGACAAUUCCUGUUUCAUUAUUUGUUGUUGGUAAUAAGUUAGAUUUGGAAAGUGCUCGAGCGGUACAGCAUCGUGAAGGAGCGCAGUAUGCAGAGCAGAUUGGAGCUGCUUUUCAUGAAACUUCAGCAGUGAAUAAUGAAGGUAUUCAAAAAGUAAUUAUUGCUAUUGCAGAGCAUUUGCUAGAACGUCAAAAUUGUGAAAAAAAUGCAGGAUCGAUGCAGUUGAACACCGCUAAUAAUCUCGAUCUCUUUAACGAUCAAAAAGUUAAGAAAUCUUGUUGUUUUAGGAGCUGA